CUUUUUAAACGCUUGGCUCAUUGAUGAACUUUUGUGGAACUCGAAGAUCAUUUUAAAUUUUUUGGGAGUAGCAAUAUACCAUUCUGGAAGCCUUAAGCAUUUGAGAGCCUGGAUAUUAAGAGAUGUAUCUCCCAACUGUAGUGCUGUGUCUCAGUUUGGGGGCUUUAACAACAGUUGCUGCUACAAGUGACUGGUGCUACAAUAAAUGUGAGCUUGGGCCGUCUGUCUGGGAGUACCUUUCAGAUAAUGAUUGUGGAAAAGACAGACAGUCCCCAAUAGAUAUCAGAACAAGCACUGUUAUGACAGACCAUGGAUUGAAAAGCUUUAAGUUGGAUAAAUUCGAUUCUAAGAAAGUCAUCCAGAACAUGACAAAUACUGGGCAUACAGUGAAAUGCAACCUGAAAGAAAAUGAAGUUGAAGUGAGUGGAGGUGGACUCAAUGGUACAUACUCAGCAGUUCAGUUUCACUUCCACUGGGGUGAUUCACAUCACCAUCCAGGUUCAGAACACAUGAUAAAUGGGAAAAGGUAUCCCAUGGAGAUGCACCUUGUCAGUCUGAAGAAAGGUCUUUCCCAAGAGGAUGCCAAAAAUCAUCCAGACGGCAUCGCUGUUCUUGGGUUUUUCAUUGACGAGGUACCGGAAAACAAAACUACAUGGGAAGAGUUCACAUCUCACCUGAUGAAAAUCCCAGAAGUAAAUGAUACGGUUGGAUUUGAAAAAGAAUUCUCCAUCGAUGAACUGAUUGGAGAAGUGGACCUUUCAAAGUUCUAUCGAUACAAUGGCUCCCUGACCACCCCGGACUGCAACGAGGCCGUUGUAUGGACUGUCUUCCAAGAGCCAAUCCUCAUCGGCAAAGAUCUGAUUGCACUGUUUCCCCAAAAAAACAACCAUGCUAAUGUUUAUCGACCUACACAAAAGCUCAAUGGACGAAAAGUACUUGCCUCCCCGGCAACUCAACUUGACGGUCAUUCGUGGUGCUAUGACAGUCACUGUGACCACAGUCCUGAUAAGUGGCACCUUCUCCCUGACGCCAAAUGUGCUGAUGAAAGGCAGUCACCUAUUGACAUUGUCUCAGAGAAGGCACAGUUUGAUGAAAAGCUCAAGUCCUUCAAAUUUAAAGGCUUUGACAACAAACAUGCUAUCAAAUACAUCACCAACACAGGACAUGCAGUGAAGUGUGUUCUGAAGGAUGGGCUGGUGGAGGUGUCAGGCGGAGGUUUGGAACACGACUACUCUACCUUGCAGUUCCACUUCCAUUGGGGAACUGCAAACUCAAAUGGCUCAGAGCACACUAUGGAUUCAAAGAGAUACCCGAUGGAGAUGCACAUAGUGAACAAAAGGAAAGAUCUGACCCUGGAUAAGGCAUUAAAGACUCAUGAUGGCCUGGCUGUGCUGGGAUUCUUUAUUGAGGCUUCACAAUCAAGUAAAAGCAGCUCUGGGGGGUCUCAUACCAAUCCCACCUCAGGUUCAACAUCUAACGAAGCAGGCUGGAAAAAUCUAACCAAAUACCUCCCAAACAUUGAAAAUAUUGUAGGUUCAACGGUUGACGUCACUGAGGAAAUCUCCAUUGAUGACUUGCUUGGCAGUGUGAACCUUCAUUCUUUCUUCCGUUACGAUGGCUCCCUUACAACCCCUUCAUGCAAUGAAGCAGUUGUUUGGACAGUCUUUAAAGACCCUAUUAAAGUGGAAAAAGACCUGAUGGAGAAAUUCCCAAAACAUGCAGGAUAUCAGAAUGUAUUUCGACCUGGAGGAGGCACCUGUGCAUCAAAGAUGAAGUGGUUUGUGGUGGCUGCUGUGUGCGUCCUGGUGCCCGACUGCUUCUGCGCCUCAGACGCUGUCGCGUGGUGUUAUCACGAACCGACUUGUAAUGACACCCAAUGGCCGACCAUUGCCGCCCAGUUUUGCAAAGGCAAGCGUCAGUCGCCCAUCGACAUCGUGUCCGGCUCCGCCACGGCCAACGCCAACCUGACCGCCUUCACCUUCCACGACUACAACAACACCUCUGCCCUGGACAAGAUCGAGAACACGGGGAAGACCGUUAAAGUGUCCCUCAAGUCUGGCGUUAAGGUUUCUGGGGGGAACCUGUCUGAGACCUACGACAGCCUGCAGUUCCAUCUGCACUGGGGCAACGGCACUUCCAUCCCCGGCUCUGAGCAUACUGUGGACGGCAAGCGCUACCCCAUGGAGUUGCACAUUGUUAACAGCAAGUCAUCCCUCAAUGGGAACACAACGCUGGCUGUGGCAGACUCCACAGGGCUGGCCGCCCUCGGUUUCUUCAUUGAGGUAAUGUCAGGCAGUGAAACGGGUCAGCCGGCGAGUUGGAAAAACCUGACUUCCUACUUGUCACAGAUCCAAUUCAGCGGGAACUCUGCCAAAAUCACACAUGAAAUAUCCCUGGAUCAUCUUCUGGAAGGGGUGGAUCGUACAAAGUACUACCGCUACCUUGGCUCUUUGACCACACCAUUGUGUAACGAGGCUGUGGUCUGGACUGUGUUCAAGGACCCAAUCAGGGUCAGCAAAGAUCUGAUUGACCUCUUCAGCACAACGCUGCACAUCUCCACUAAUGCCUCGUCCCCUCUGAUGGUGAACGUUUUCAGGAACGUCCAGCCAGCACAGCCGGUCUCGACGCAGCCCGCCAGCAGCGGCAGCAGCUCCACUGCCAGCAUGCCAGGCUUCACUCUGGGUUUGAUGGCCGUUGCCUUUGUGCUGGGCAGAAAUUAA